AUGACUCGUAGAAAUACCAACAACCAGAGACUAUUUUCACACAGUUACAAUAAGAAGAGAAAAACGCAAUUUCAACUAGAUUUCUUCAGUUUUAUCUCUCUACGAGAACCAUCAUCUUCCUCCUUGUGACCCAUAAAACCCAUGAUGCUAUUAAACACCGAAGCCCCACCUUCAUGUUGCUCUGCAACUCAUUCAAGGAGGCCAUUAGAGGAGCUCACUGACCCUUCAGAUGUGCCCACACAUCCCUCUGUUCUGACUCUCUAACCCACCUGAAAAUUCCCCUUCUCUCUCCAAAGACCCCAUUUCCCAUGACGCAGUUUGCCAAAGAAAAUGAUGGCCACAAGCAAAAGACAGUCGAAACCAACGGAGGCCUCAAAGUGCUAAGGAAUCUGGAUGCCACAGGAACUAAAGAACAAAGAGAGAUAGGUCGGCUGUCUUUAUCUCUUUUUUCUUCGAAAUGAGUUGCUUUUUCACGCUCCACUGUUUACUUUUGUUUGGAGAAAAUCUAGAGAGAGAGAGAGUUUUUGAAUUUCUACGGCGUGGGUCGGAUUAAUCCCCACAUUGAAGAGAUGUAUAGAUUUUCAGGUAAGAAAAUUGCCUGUCCGGUCCAAAUCCAGUUCUCAGGAUCUUAAGUAUCCUUUGCGAUAUGGGUCGGGGUGCUACAAAUUUGGACUCGUAAGGUACGGGUCCACAAGUAAAAUUUGGGUUCUGUGUGCGGGUCUGAGUCCAAUAAGAUCCGACCUAUGCCCCACCCGUUGCCGCCUAAUCGAUUUUUUAAAUAGUGAUUAUUUGCUCCAUUUUCUAGAUGCCUCAGGCAAGCCUCAAUUUUUUAUACUGUCUUUCUGGACAGAGAGAGCACUCAAUUUUUUAUAAUGUUUUUCUCGACGACAAAAGGAGAGAGCAGUGAUCCCACAAGGAAUCAAAACAGAAUGGGAUUGGACCUGCUGCCUAGAGAGAGAGUGCUAUUUUGUAAUCUAUAUUUUAGUGACAAAAACGUGCCAAGAUUACAGUGGGUGAGGUUCUGUCUGGUAAAGGUUACUGUCAAGGGAAAACAAGACAGAACGGGAUUUCAAUGGAAACCGUGGAAUCUAAUGAUGAGUCCUAACAUGCAACACAUAAAUAAACCACCCAAGCAAGUGAGAGAGAGAAUAAGAAUGGAGUUGGGCGACUUUCCCUUGGUUACUGCAAUCAUUGCCAUUCUCAUACCUUUACUUUUAUGGCUCUUUUCGAUCAUCAAUGACUGGAGGUAUUGCAGAGGAUUAGAGAAAGAAAGAGAUGGUCACAGGGUGCCCCCUGGUUCAAUGGGCUGGCCUGUUAUUGGGGAGCUUCUUGAUUUCUUAUGGUGCUUCAAAUUCACAAGAAGGCCUGAUGACUUCAUAGCCAAAAGAAAAUCGAGGCAUGGUGAUAGUGGAAUUUUCAGGACCCAUUUAUUUGGGCAACCUUCAAUUGUUACGUGCUCACCAGAGAUGAACAAAUUCGUGCUCGGUAGAGGGACUGAAGAUGGGAGUUUCGGUCCGGGAUGGCCCUCAUCUCAACUAUUGGGAGCCUCAUCUAUUACAAUGAAAGAUGGGUUAAGCCAUAAAAGGCUGAAAAGAUAUUUCAUGGAUGCUUUUAACAGCCCAAGAGCCCUAUCUAGCCUGCUGACUAAUGCACAGCCCACUUUCGUAGAGUUCAUGGAGAAUUGGGUUUCAAAAGGGAGGAUUUCUGCAUUUGAAGAGACCAGAGCUGUAACAUUUGCAAACAUAUGUGACAUACUAGCAAGCUUCAAGGAAAAGACCCUCUUAUGCACCAUGGAAAGGUUCUACACAGGACUCAUGGCCGGAUUACGAGCAAUGCCGCUUAACUUCCCCGGAACAUCAUUCCACCAUGCUCUCAAGUGUAGGAAGAAACUCACUGACAUUUUACUUAAAGAAAUAAAGGAAAGGAAAGAGAAAAGCAUCCAUAAGACAGACUUCAUGCAGGUUUUAUUAGAUUCUACUGAUGAGAAUGGAGAAUAUUUGAGUGAACAAGAGAUUGUAGACAACACUGUCUCAUUCAUUCUGGGUGGUUACGAAUCUACCUCAAAUGUGAUGACAUGGGCUCUUUACUACUUGGCGAAAUAUCCCACUAUCAUGCAAAAGCUCAAGGAUGAAACGUUGUCAAUCCGGGGAAAGAAACCCAAGAAUGGUCUUCUCUCAAUGGAAGACCUAAAGGCAAUGAAGUAUACCACCAAGGUAGCUGACGAAGUAAUCCGCCUUGCAAAUAUCUCCCCCUUUAUAUUCAGGAGAGUUUUGAAGGAUGGUAUUGUUUUUAACGGGUACACGUUUCCUAAGGAUUGGAGAAUUCUUGUUUGGAUUCGAUCAAAUCACAUUGAUUCUGAAUAUUUUGAUGAUCCAUUAACAUUUAAUCCAAAUAGAUGGGAUAAUUUUAAGCCCAAACCAGGAACACAUAAUGUUUUUGGACAUGGUCCUAGAUAUUGUCCUGGUAACAAUUUCGCAAAGCUUCAAGUAAUGAUGUUUCUGUAUUAUGCCUCUUCUAAGUACAGGUGGGAGCUCAUAAAUCCUAAUGCAGGAAUAACAUUUCUACCUCACCCAAAGCCAGAUGAUGGGGUAGAGAUAUUUUUCAGCCAUGCUUUAUGAAUAACUGAUUCACAAGAGGUCUACUUCUUUAUAGUCGUAUAUUUGAAUGGUGUUUGUAUACAGGCCUAUUUUACCAUGUACCAUUAGAAUGGUGAGCCUAGAAUUGUAUAUUCCAAUUCAUGUAUGGCCUUAAUAGAGUAGAAAGGCAUAUCUGGAUUCGUGUAGCUUACUCCAAUUAGUUGGGAAAAGGAUUUGACGAUUAGUGUAGCCGACUCCAAUUAGUUGGGAAAAGGAUUUGAUGAUGAUGAUUAUUAUACCUAUAUGUUACAAUGCAUUUACCAGUUUGGAUAUUUCCAUCAUU